AUGGCCGAGGACGCGCCCACGCCGUCGGUGCCGAGGGAAGACGAACCCAAGGCGGCGGAACCUUCGGCGGAGGACUCGAACGAGCGCGGGGAGAGCGUCAAGGCGUACUUGGAGGAGACGGUGAGCAAGACGCUGCACGACGGCAUGAUGCGGCUCGCGAACGAGCGCCCGAGCGCGCCGUUGAAGUUUUUGGGGGAGUAUCUGCUCGAGAAAUCGAGAGAGCGCGGUGAGUAG